UCAGAGAGACCGAGGAAGGCCCCAGCAGAAACGUCGCCUCUUCUCCACCGCCGGCCCACAAAAUCCCAAGGCCUCUCCCUCCUCUCUCCUCGCUUCCCUUCUCCUUCUCCGACCGACCGCCAUGGCCCUGGACUCCGUCCCUUCCUACCCCAGCGACCUGGGAUCCAGCGGCAGGGCAACCAGGACCCAGCAAAGAAUCCGGAAGGAGGAGCGAACGUGGACGGCGGACACCUAUGCGCCGUACGACGACGGGCACCAGUGGAGGAAGUACGGCGAGAAGAAGCUCUCCAACUCCAACUUCCCGAGGUUCUACUACAGAUGUACCUACAAGACUGACCUGAAGUGCCCUGCGACAAAACAAGUCCAACAGAAGGACAUGAGCGACCCACCAUUGUUCACGGUCACUUACUUCAACCAUCACAGCUGCAACACCACCUCGAGGCCCAUCGGCAGCGCCCCAGACACCACUGAGCAGUCGUCCUCGAGGAGGGCAGUGUCCAUCUGCUUCGGGUCGCAUGCCACCGGCGAGCAGCCGACAUUCCUAACGUCGCCGGGCACACUGCAGUCACCAGCGAGCACAACCAACCAACAGAACGACAGAGGCGCUUACGGUCACCAGUUUCAGUGGACAGACACAUCACCGUCGGCAGGCGAUGCCCCAGUCAAGAUGGAGACCGACAGUCUCGCCGGAACAGGCGCUUCGUCUGGCGCUGCUAGCGGCCAUGCUCUGUCGAGGACACUGCUGCCGAUCGGCCAGUCGAGAUGCAUCGAGUACUUUCAGUUCUUGUGAUGGAAGUGUGCUGGGGAGCUCCUUGGUCCUUGUUGCAGGUCGAGUCUGAGUAGCGACGACUGCUGUUCCGAAGUUCUGAAGGAUCCACAUCGAGAGAUUACUGCCGCUGCUGCCACCGCUGUUCUUUUGCUUCCUUUGCAUUCAGAUUCGAGCCAGAUUUGUGUGCUUGGAUGAUGUAAAGAACUAGACUGAAGUUUAUUUAUUUAUCUAGUAGUACAUCACCUUGAAAAAGAAAGGUAAUGUUUCCCAUUUGGAAGUAGUUUGGCUGGCCGCUCGGUCACUAAUGAAGUACUGCAAAGUUCAGAUUCCCUGGA